GCUGCUAUUAAAAGAGUGAGGCAACAACAGCGGCAGUAGGUUUGCAGCGGGCGAGCAGAUUGCAGAUCGUCACGGAGGAGCUCAAGUGAGCGCGCCGGCCGGAUUUCCACGCUCACGCACUCACACGAAAGCCCUGUCAGAUUAGAAUUUAUUAGAGGAAAAUGGAUGCCAAUGUAACAGAAGUGGACGAACAUUGGACAUUCCUGAAGAGGAUGGGGAUAGAGCCCGGGUGGAACGCCACAGCCCUGCUGCUUCCGUGCGUGGUGGUGGUGCUGGUAGCUGGAUUGUUGCACGUCUACUCUCUGGUUUCAGGCCUGCUGUCCCAAAGCCCUGUGCGCAACAAGGUGGUGCUGCUCAGCGACGCUUUGUCUGCAAUCGGGAAAGAAUGCGCCAGCAUCUUCCACAAGGAUGGCGCCAGGUUGAUUCUAUGUGGCAAAAACUGGGAGAAACUCCAGGAGCUGUCGGAUGACUUACUCAAAGUCUCCGACCCAAGCGCGACAUUCCCUCCUAAACUGGUGCUUCUGGACUUUGGGGACACGACAUCGCUUCCCGAGGCUAUAACGGAGAUCCUGGAAUGCUACGGCUGCCUGGACGCGCUCAUCCUCAACAGCAGCAUGAAGAUCAAAGCUCCGGCACAUACUUUGUCUCUGGAGGUGGACAAGCUACUCAUGGACAACAAUUACUUCGGCCCGGUCACACUGGCUAAAGGCGUGCUGCCCUCCAUGAUGUCUCGGCGCUGCGGUCACCUGCUGCUGGUCAACAGCAUUCAGGCAAAACUGGCCGUGCCCUUCCGCACCUCCUAUGCCGCCUCCAAGCAUGCGGUCCAGGCAUUCUUCGACUGCCUUCGUUCCGAGGUGGAGGAGUCGGGCGUCUCCGUCAGCACCAUCAACUUCACCUUCAUAAGCUCACAAGCGUCGUCUGGGAAGCAGAAAGAUGCGGUGGCCAAGUUCUUCUGGUCAUAUUUGUACACAAAGAAGCCACUGGGCGUUUCUCCACGUGAGGCAGCCAGUGAGGUGGCCAAGACUUUGUCCAAUAAGAGGAAGGAGGUCCUGAUGGCCCCCUCGCUGCCGAAAGCAGCGGUCUACGCUCGCUCCUUCUUCCCCAACUUGUUCUUUGCUGUCAUGGCAGCAGGAGUGAAGGACACCACCAACACCAAAAUGUAGUCCUUUGUCGUUCUGGAAAGGCUUUCUUAUGCUUAGCAUGUCUGCCUCACAGUUCUGAAGUUCUGGGUUUGAAUCUUCCUGUGUGGAGUUUGCAAAUGUUUCCCCCAUAUUCUCAAAACAUGGUGGCGUCACUUCAUUUCUUAUUAGUGUUAAUGUGAGUGAUAUUAACUGGAAGGUCGAUUUUUCUCUGGAUGGACUUAGUUUUAGACUACACAGUAAAUAAAGUAGAAGUGGAUACAGGUCAA